CCCCCGCACCACCGCCAACCACUCGUCGUCAUGGAACCGGUCACGCGGCAAGGCGAAGUUGUCUGCGUCGGGAUCCCCCAUGGAUGAUGUCGUGGUGCCGACGGGGAGAAGUGCGGCGGCCAGGUGGAAAUGAGACGAGGAUGGUGAGGGGAUUCGGCAGCCGAGGGUAGCUCGCCAUGCGGGGAGCUCUCGCUGCAGCUAGAGCACGUCUCCUUCCUCUCCAACCGCCGCGGGACCGGCCCCAUGCCCUUCGAGGCACACCUGGAGGAGAGCUCCCGGGACGACCCGACCCUGCCGCCUCAGUCGCAGCCGCCGCUGCCACCGCAACCGCAUGCCUCGCUCAUGGGCCUCCCUAGGCUUGGCCAGCGUGCGGUCGACGACCUGCUCCACGACACAGCGCGUGCCAUCCGGUGGAGUAGAGGCAGCGCACCGUCAGAAUUGAUGGAGACGAGGAACGGGAAGCUACGCCGUCUAUGUAGAUUCAGCAUCACACGAAUCAUCUUCCACUACAUCAAGAAAAGAACUUCAACAUGCAAAAAUCCAUUUGAAAAAAGGAUGAUUUAUUUGCUUGCCAACAUCUUCAAAUGGGAUGCAUUGACCACUGAGUGGCAAGCAUUCAAAAUCCAUAGGUGAGUUCCAUAUUG